AUGCCCUCGGCGAAGAGCGAAUCCUCGGUAUCUCCCAAACCUCACAGCUCCACUAUCGCCAUGGAAGCAAAAGAAGGGAGAUCAGGCAACGCGUUCGCGUGCGAGCGCUGUCGUAAGCACAAAGUUCGGUGCGUUCCCUCGGACACAGCUUCUGUAUGCCAAAGGUGCCAGAAAGCACGCGUCGAAUGCAUCGAGCAUGUUGCACGCAGGAGGCCAGCAAAGCCCAGAUCAGAUGGGCAGGCACCUAACAAAAUGCGCGACUUCGACAAGAAGCUGGACAAAAUAUCUGCUAUUGUGGCAACAAUGGCGCCGGUCUCAGUCCUACAGCCCGCGUUACCGCCGGCAACCGUGCCUUCCCAAUUUCCCGAGACAGCCCAGCAAACAUCAUCGCCGGCGCCCGCACCGGUGAAGGCAUCGCCGUCUACUUCCACCGCACCAGUCCUUCCGGCCCCUAUUUCUAAUGGAGAAGAUUCCGCCUCUUUUUGGGGUUCGAUCAACGACACGUUGUCAUGCCUCGGCAGGCUUGAUCCCGUUAUCCGGUCAAUUAGUUACGUCCACAUGCAGAUGUUGGUGGACACCUAUCGGGCCAUGUCCGAUUACUUUCCAUUCGUGACUCUGCCAAAAGAGUGCUCUUGUCGCGAAAUGCUCCAACAACGACCGAUGUUGAUGUUCGCUGUAUUGACAGUGGCUUCCUAUGACUCGGUACUGUUGCAGUUGACCUUGAGUCGCGAAUUUCGCAAGGUCGUGACAGUCAAGGUGAUGAAUGGAGAGAAAAGUCUAGAUUUGCUGCAAGCACUGCUUGUUUUCAUAGCUUGGCAUCACCAUUAUAUGGAUGCUCAGGCUGUUUCUAUUCCCAUGCUUCUGCAGAUUUGCGCUGGCAUCGGAAAUGAUCUGGGUCUAGACAGUCUCUCAACCACUAUGAGGGGCCCUCUACACCAAGACGAUCACAGGAACAAGGAAGCGAAAAGAGCAUACCUCGGGUGCUACUAUCUAGCUUCCAAUAUCGGACUGGCUGAGCCAGGUAAAACUCGCAGUAUAUCGUAUUCGAGCACACUUCGAACGUACGCGUCGGAGCUGGCGGCAUCGUGGGAGCACAAGUCUGAUGCGAUACUGCCCAUCCUCAUUGAUAUUUGCCAAUUCACAGAAGAUGUCCAGGAGACAUUCACCGACCAGAGCGAGCAGGCUCUUAUCGCCCGCACGCAGGUGAAGCGCUUGAGUGCGAAGUGGGACAGUAUCUGUCUGGCCUCAAAGCUGCAGGCGAACGACUUCAAAACACUACAGUGGAUACAACUCGCUGCACAUAGCUAUCUCUACAAGACCGCAGCAUCGAUCGAACUGACCGACCGCGAUAGCACCCCGUGGGCUUCAGGCUUCCAACUCUCGUUGCGCGUAACCUGUCUACGAUCAAUCGAGCAAUUUCUCGACAACAGCACAAAACUUCAGUCAGGCCAGUACGAGUUCUUGUCUCUGGUUGAUUGGCUCAAUCUGGUCUCUACAAUGACAAGCUUGGGCAAGCUCGCGUUGCAUUCUUCACCAAUGCCUGGAUGGGAUACUACCGAGCUACAGGUAGCGAAGUCAUUCGAAUACUUUCGCGAUCAGCUUUCCUCGCAGAUGCCUCGUCCACGCGAUCCACAAGAAACCAACGAGGAUAUCUUUGAGCGUUUCCGCCGUAUCACGGCUGUGAUGAAAAUGGCUUUAACAACCUCGUCUGGAAGGACUAGUCCUGGUGGAAGUACAUUCCAACUUGCAACUGGAUCUGGCCGAACGGUUUCUUUGUUGCAAGAUCUUCCCUUGCCAAAGAUGAACGGCAUCAAUGGCGACGACAGACAUCAUCCUUGGAAGCCUAAGCCUACAUUCGAUCUCAAUAGCCAUCAGUUUCCGUGGCGGUUCUUAUCGGGCACAGUUUGA